GUAGUCUCCGACACGUGAUGACCGACGUCACGCGCUAAGGGAAGAGGGAGAAAAAAUGGCUCCCGCGGGCCUCGGCCAGUCUGUGGGCUGGUUGUCCAGAGCUAUACCCCUUCUCCUGGCUCUGAGCGCUGGAAGGGCCCCGGCGCUGCCCGAGGUAUGCAAAUAUUGUCCAGGGCCUGCACAUGACACAUCAGAGGUUGACCAUUACUGUAAGCAGAGACAAGAAUUAAAACUGAGGGCACGUUGCUGUCUGACCAAACAGGGCACCAUUGUGGGACUAGAUCUUCAGAACUGUUCCCUGAAAGAACUGGACACAUUCCUUGCUGAGGCACAUUCUGCCAUUGUUCUGGACCUACAAGCAAACCCCUUCCUGAAUAUAUCUACCUCAGUCUUCCGUAAUUUCACUGAGCUCCAGACACUGGUGCUGCCAUUGAAAAUUGACUGUCCUGGAGGUUUUUAUGCCUGGGAUAAUAUCACCUGUGGCAAGGACAGCUGUAUCUGCCAUAAGCAAAGAAAUCAGUGCAAUAAUACUGUGGAACCAGCUUUGUGCCCCGAGAAUGCAUAUUGCGUCCCUGAUGGCCCAGGCCUCUUCCAGUGUCUUUGUACUAGUGGCUUCCAUGGCUACAAGUGUCUACGUGAGGGUUCCUUCCCGCUCCUCAUGUUCUCUGGCAUCCUGGGCACUAUCACAUUUUGCAUAUCCAUCUUGCUUUGGGGGACCCAGCUUCGAAAAAUCAAAGCCUCCUGAACCACCUUUCCUUGGACCUAAAAAUCGAAUAAGCUCUUAUGUGGGCGCAACCCAGGAGUGUUCUUGCACCAGUCAGGCCUUGAUCGGGAGUGCAGAGA